CAUGAGACGAGAGACGCAUGCGCAUUGAACGUGGUUCCUACUUGAUGUUGACUUCCGGGUCAAACGUACUCCGAAUGAAUUUCUUUUAAUCAGCUGAUAAUAAUAAUACGUUUAUAAUACUUAAAAUACGUACUUAUAAUGCAUUUCUCAACUGCCAUAUACACACACAUAUAUAAACAACACCACUGUCCUUUAUGAAACAUUUGCAACAUCAACUGACACUGACGUAACAGAAGAAACAUCCUCAAUAUUUACCAUUUUUUAAAGACUAAAGCAAAAUAUUAUGCAGAACAGAUGUAUAACAUUGUUUGUAGAAAUCUGUUGUAGAAUUCCUGUGAAACAUUUGCUCUGAAAUAAUACUAUUAGCCAUGACUCGGAACAACACUGACUGGAGUAUCAAGAAGAGGGGCUUCUGUGCUGGUGAAACUUGGAUAAAUUUAUGUAAUUGCUGCUAGAGAAAGGUAACAGUGGACAGAAAUACAGGAGCAGGAGUAUUUGUAAGGAAUUAAGUAUAAGAAUAAAAUAGGAAAAAUAUUUGAACUGGGAUUUGAGUGGAAAAGAAUGGAAAAGAGUGAGAAACUUCAAGAAUUGAUUACCUCUGAACAAAUGAUAAAAGAAAAGAAAAAUUUGUCUUAUGACUGUGACAUCUGUAAAAAGGUUUUCUCUCUCAAAGGUAACCUAAUUUCCCACAAAUGUAUUCAUGCAGGAGAGAAACCAUUGCACUGUGAUAUCUGUGGUAAAUCAUUCUCUUACAAUAAUACCUUAACAACACACAAACGUAUUCAUACAGGAGAGAAGCCAUAUCGUUGUGAUAUCUGUGGUAAUUCAUUCUCUGACAAUAGUGCCUUAACUGCACAUAAACAUAUUCACACAGGAGAGAAGCCAUAUCGUUGUGAUAUCUGCGGUAAAUCAUUCAUUCAGAAUAUUCACUUAACAAUACACAAACGUAUUCACACAGGAGAGAAACCCUAUCAUUGUGAUAUCUGUGGUAAUACAUUCUCUGUAAGUAGUUCACUAACACAACACAAACGUAUUCAUACAGGAGAGAAGCCAUAUCGAUGUGAUAUCUGUGGUAAAUCAUUCUCUGAUAAAAGUGCCUUAACUGUACAUAAACAUAUUCACACAGGAGAGAAGCCAUAUCGUUGUGAUAUCUGUGGUAAAUCAUUCACUCAGAAUAUUCACUUAACAACACACAAACGUAUUCACACAGCAAAGAAACCCUAUCAUUGCGAUAUUUCUGGUAAUAUAUUCUUAGAUGGCAGUUCGAUCACACAACACAAACGUUUUCAUACAGGCGAGAAGCCAUAUCGUUGUGAUAUCUGUGGUAAAUCAUUCUCUGAUAAGAGUAACUUUACAAGACACAAACGUAUUCAUACGGGAGAGAAGCCAUAUCGUUGUCAUAUCUGUGGUAAAUUAUUCUCUCAAAACAGUUCCUUAACUGCACACAAACGUAUUCACACAGGAGAGAAACCCUAUCGUUGUGAUAUUUGUGGUAAUUCAUUCUCAGGAAGUAGUUCACUAACACAACACAAACGUUUUCAUCAUACAGGGGAGAGGCCCUAUCACUGUGAUACUUGUGGUAAAUCAUUCUCUCAAAAUAGUACACUAGCACAACACAAACGUAUUCAUUCUGGGGUGAAGUCAUAUCACUGUGAUAUUUGUGGUAAAUCAUUCUUGAAUGGCAGUUCAUUAACACAACACAAACAUAUCCAUACAGGAGAUAAGCCAUAUCGUUGUGAUAUCUGUGGUAAAUCAUAUUCUCACAGUAGUCACUUAGCAAGACACAAACAUAUUCAUACAGGAGAGAAGCCAUAUCGUUGUGAUAUCUGUGGUAAAUCAUUCUCUGACAAUAGUUCCUUAACAGCACACAAACGUAUUCACACAGGAGAGAAGCCAUAUCGUUGUGAUAUCUGUGGUAAAUCAUUCUCUGACAAUAGUUCCUUAACAGCACACAAACGUAUUCACACAGGAGAGAAGCCAUAUCGUUGUGAUAUCUGUGGUAAAUCAUUCACUCGGAAUAUUCACUUGACUGUACACAAUCGUACUCAUACAGGAGAGAAGCCAUAUCGUUGCGAUAUGUGUGGUAAAUCAUUCUCUGUCAAUAUUACCUUACUAAGACACAAACGUAUUCAUACAGGUGAGACGCCAUUCUGUGAUAUCUGUGGUAAAUCAUUCUCUCAAAGUGGAGAGUGCCUUGACUAGACACACAUUCACACAUACAGGAGAGAAGCCAUUUCAUUGUGAUAUUUGUGGUAAUUCAUUCGCUAGAAAUAGUCAAUUGACUUAUCACAAACGCAUUCAUACUGGGGAAAAUCCAUACCAGUGUGAUAUCUGCGGUAAAUCAUUUCC